CCAUGGCGAGCAACGCCGCCAGCCUCAACGCGGUGCGGGAGACGAUGGACGUUCUGUUUGAGAUUUCAAGAAUAUUAAACACUGGCUUGGAUAUGGAGACGUUGUCUAUUUGUGUGCGGCUUUGUGAACAGGGGAUAAAUCCAGAAGCAUUAUCAUCUGUUAUUAAAGAACUGCGUAAGGCUACAGAAGCUCUAAAGGCCGCUGAAAAUAUGACAGGCUGACAUGGGAGAAGACUUCUGUGUGAGAAGAAUGCCAAGUUAAAGUUAACAGAGGCUUUGAAGAUUGCCACUAUUCAGAAAAAAGUUAAAUAAGUGUGUGUGUGAAGGUUUCAGAAUAUUUCUGUAAUCUUCUUGAAAAGGAUGAUGUAUAGAAUAGCUUUGAAGAGUUUUUUAAUAAGUUCACCAAUAGCUUCAUUACUUGGUAUUUUUGUGAAUUAUUUGUGAGUAUAGUGCAAUUGCUCUUUUGCAUCCCGUAUUUUUUAAACCAUGUCAGAUACUGCACACUUGCUGAACUUACUCGUGUGUAGCAAUGAAUAUUGUUAUAAUGAGUAUAGCUUGUUAAUGCAUCCAUUAGAAGUGCUAAUAUGUCCUGGUUUUUAUCUCUUGCUUUGAAAAACUACAUGUACAAUUUCAGCUUUGCUUUAUGGACCAGAUAGAAAUGAAGCCUAUCCUGACUUUAUUUUAGUUAGAGUAAGGGUAGUGACUUAAGUUUCAAUCUGAAAGUAAGAAAUAAAGCACUUUUGAUAAUGGA